UAGAGUGCCUGGCUACAGUGGUGUCUGCCUUGGCCGAGGGGCAUCGUCAGGGCUGGAACUGCAGCCUUGCACACAGGAACCAUGUGACUUCCACCCUUAAAAACAACUACGACAAGGCUGAAGAGAGACCAGCGCCUUUCCUUCUCCAUAGCAUCAUUAGACCACGCCUGGAAUUUAUCCCCCCUUCAGCACUUAUGCAAAAUCCCCUACCAUAAAAUCAACACCUCAUAAAUCAUUGCAGCUUCAAUGAUGAGAUGCGACGUGUGGUAGUCACUGGACUGGGCGCCGUGACGCCUCUAGGUGUUGGAGUCCGAACAACAUGGCGUCGUCUCCUGCAAGGCGAUAGUGGAAUCGUUUCAACCCGCCAUCUUGGCCCCGACUUUGUCAAUCUUCCAUCCCAAGUGGCUGGUAUUGUGCCCCUAAAGCCAGAUUCCAGCACCAACGGCGACAGUCACGAUCAUGUUGGCGGAUGGAGAGCACGGGACCAUGUCUCGUCCACAGAGCUACGACAAACGGCCAAAUUCGCACAGUAUGGAUUGGCUGCUUCGGCAGAAGCUCUGAAGGAUGCAGGGUUCGAUCAAGGCCAGGGUUUGGAUCCAGAUAUGACGGGCGUCUGCCUCGGUUCCGGCAUUGGAAAUCUCGAGGAGCUCUACAACACUUCCGUCGCGUAUCACGAAGCCAAACACAACUACCGUAAAAUCCAUCCACUAUUCGUCCCACAACUCCUUAUCAACCUAGGCGCAGGACACAUUUCCAUGAGAUAUGGACUGAGGGGUCCCAACCACGCAGUGACAACAGCAUGCACCACCGGCGCCCACUCGCUAGGUGAUGCCUCGCGAUUCAUUCAGUCAGGUGAAGCCGACGUCAUGAUUGCCGGCGGAGCUGAAUCAUGUAUUCACCCUCUUGCAAUUGGCGGGUUUGCUCGGUCGCGAAGUCUGGCUACAAAAUUUAAUGAAGAACCGCAAGUAUCAUCUCGACCCUUUGAUAGAGAUAGAGAUGGGUUUGUUAUUAGUGAGGGCGCAGCUUGUGUUGUUCUUGAGGAACUCGAACAUGCUCGGUCCCGAGGAGCACGUAUCUACGCCGAACUCGCCGGGUAUGGCAAUUCAGCCGACGCACACCAUCUCACAGCACCGCGCGAAGACGGCAGUGGUGCCAGGUCCGCAAUGACCAAAGCUUUACGCUUAGCCCAGAUCCCCCCUUCCCAAGUCGAUUAUAUCAAUGCGCAUGCCACUUCGACGCCAUUGGGCGAUGCAGCAGAGAACAAGGCCAUCGUGUCACUCAUGACCGGCGAACACGGACGACAGCAUGUCGAAGAAGUCAACGUCAGUAGCACGAAAGGCGCAUUGGGUCAUCUCCUAGGUGCAGCUGGAGCAAUUGAGGCUGUUUUUACGAUAUUGGCUAUUCAUGAGAAUACUCUUCCGCCAACGAUAAACAUCCAGUCCCUCGACGAUGGGUUCCACUGCAACUAUGUACCAAACACGCCGCAGCAACGCCAGGUCAAUGUUGCCUUGUCCAACAGUUUUGGUUUUGGCGGUACCAAUGCUAGUCUCUGUUUCCGAGCAUUGUAAUCAUAGUCCCACCAAUUCCACAUACCAAUUCCAAUGUUCAUGACCUCACAUGAGGUGGUCAGAGCGCUCCCAUUUAACAUCGUAUCAACAUGAUGGCUGGCCGUUUCCUUUGGUUUCAUCGGAGGUCGAGGCCCCCACAAAAAGGGAGAAUAUGUUCCAAUCAUAAAAGGU